AUGGGGCACAGACUCAAAUAAUUAGCUAAAUAAUUUUCUAGUUUCGAAUUUUGAGCCUCUCACUAAUCGCCUUCACACUCACUCAAACCUUCUUCUUCUUCCCCCAACAAACUCGCCACACUUCUCAAAAACCCUUUCCUCAAUCCCCACGCAAAGCUCCCGUCUUUCUCUCGCCGGAAAACCCCUUACUCUUUCCCGGCGACGGCGAUGGCCUCCACGACCACCUCCUUCGCCGCUCCCGGAGUCGUCGCUCUCCGUCUUCCCCAGUCCAAAUGUUGCACCAAAGCUUCUCUCUUUCCUCACCCAAACCCCUCCGUCUCCCUCCGCGCCCGGCCCCACUUCCUCCGCGGACUCACUUCCUGCCGAUUCGACCCGAACUCCCCUUUUCAAACCGGGUCGGGUCGGAUGACCCGGAGCCCGAACCAGUUUGUUGUGCGCGCCAUGGCUUCUUCAGCUGGAAGGGGACAGAUUACGCAGCAGGAUUUUACUGAGAUGGCGUGGCAGGCGGUGGUUUCGUCGCCGGAGGUGGCCAAGGAGAACAAGCAUCAGAUAGUGGAGACUGAGCAUUUGAUGAAGGCGUUGUUGGAGCAGAAGAAUGGACUUGCUAGGAGGAUUUUCGCUAAGGCUGGGGUGGAUAAUACUCAACUUCUUGAGGCUACUGAUAAGUAUAUUCAGCGCCAACCAAAGAUUCUUGGUGAAACUGCGGGAUCAAUGUUAGGACGGGAUUUGGAAGCCUUGCUUGAGCGAGCCAGGGAUUACAAGAAAGAGUAUGGAGACUCAUUUGUGUCUGUGGAGCAUUUGGUUCUUGGUUUCAUUCAAGAUCAACGAUUUGGGAAGCAAUUAUUUAAGGAAUUUCAAAUCUCCAAGCAAUCUUUGAAGUCUGCUAUAGAAUCCAUAAGGGGACGCCAAUCAGUUAUUGACCAAGAUCCUGAGGGGAAAUAUGAGUCCCUUGAAAAGUACGGAAAAGAUCUGACAGCCAUGGCAAGACAAGGAAAGCUUGACCCGGUUAUAGGAAGAGAUGAUGAAAUCCGCAGGUGCAUCCAGAUUCUGUCAAGAAGAACAAAGAACAACCCGGUGCUAAUUGGUGAACCAGGUGUUGGGAAAACUGCAAUUUCAGAAGGGCUUGCUCAGCGUAUUGUGCAAGAGGAUGUCCCACAAGCUUUGAUGAAUCGUAAGCUAAUCUCUCUUGACAUGGGUUCACUAAUUGCUGGGGCAAAAUACCGUGGAGAGUUUGAGGAUAGGCUGAAGGCUGUACUCAAGGAAGUAACAGAAUCUGAAGGCCAGAUUAUCCUUUUUAUUGAUGAAAUUCACACAGUUGUCGGGGCAGGAGCUACAAGUGGUGCAAUGGAUGCUGGAAAUCUUUUAAAACCCAUGCUUGGUCGGGGAGAGUUGCGGUGUAUAGGUGCAACAACACUGGAUGAGUAUCGCAAAUAUAUUGAGAAAGAUCCAGCGUUGGAGCGUCGUUUUCAGCAAGUUUAUGUUGAUCAACCUACAGUUGAGGAUACAAUCUCAAUACUCCGAGGACUGCGUGAAAGAUAUGAGUUGCAUCACGGGGUCCGCAUUUCUGAUGGUGCACUUGUGGAAGCUGCAAUUCUCUCAGACCGUUACAUCAGUGGGAGAUUUUUACCCGACAAAGCUAUCGACUUAGUUGAUGAAGCUGCUGCCAAAUUGAAAAUGGAAAUUACAUCAAAGCCCACAGCGCUAGAUGAGAUUAAUCGUUCAGUGUUGAAACUUGAAAUGGAAAGACUGUCACUUACAAAUGACACCGACAAAGCAUCCAGAGAGAGAUUGAACCGCCUUGAGGCGGAGUUGUCCGUCUUAAAAGAGAAACAAUCUCAGCUGUCUGAGCAGUGGGAACAUGAGAAGUCUGUUAUGACUCGAAUUCAGUCAAUCAAGGAAGAGGUUGACAGGGUAAAUCUGGAGAUCCAGCAGGCUGAACGAGAGUAUGAUCUUAACCGUGCUGCUGAGCUGAAGUAUGGGAGUUUGAAUUCCUUACAGCGCCAACUCCUUAGUGCUGAAAAAGAGCUCGAUGAGUAUAUCAGGUCUGGGAAAUCAAUGCUGAGAGAGGAAGUUACGGGAAAUGACAUUUCUGAAAUUGUCAGCAAGUGGACUGGUAUUCCUGUUUCCAAGCUUCUACAGUCAGAGAGGGAAAAGCUCUUACAUUUGGAGGAAGAGCUGCAUAAACGUGUUGUAGGACAGGAUCCUGCUGUGAAAUCAGUAGCUGAAGCUAUUCAGCGGUCUCGAGCAGGUCUCUCAGAUCCUCAUCGCCCGAUUGCUAGUUUCAUGUUCAUGGGCCCCACCGGUGUAGGGAAGACAGAACUAGCCAAGACCCUUGCCUCCUACAUGUUCAACACUGAAGAAGCUCUUGUUAGAAUUGAUAUGAGUGAGUACAUGGAAAAGCAUGCUGUGUCAAGACUGAUAGGUGCUCCACCUGGCUAUGUGGGUUAUGAGGAGGGAGGACAGCUGACAGAGGUUGUUCGCCGGAGGCCAUAUUCAGUUAUCCUGUUUGACGAGAUUGAAAAGGCGCAUUCUGAUGUGUUCAAUGUUUUCCUUCAAAUUUUAGAUGAUGGAAGAGUAACCGACUCACAGGGCCGCACUGUGAGUUUCACCAACACUGUGAUCAUUAUGACCUCAAAUGUUGGUUCACAGUAUAUACUAAACGGAGAUGAUGACGUCUCGCCGAAGGAAUUGGGUUAUGAAACUAUAAAGCAGCGGGUGAUGGAGGCUGCAAGGUCCGUAUUUCGCCCCGAGUUCAUGAAUCGGGUUGAUGAGUACAUAGUUUUCCAGCCCUUGGACCGUGAUCAGAUAAACAAUAUUGUCAGGAUACAGUUGGAACGAGUCCAGAGGAGGAUUGCAGACCGCAAGAUGAAAAUCCAAGUGAGCGAUGCUGCUGUGCAGCUUCUUGGAAGUCUUGGAUACGAUCCAAACUACGGUGCUAGGCCAGUAAAGCGAGUGAUUCAGCAAUAUGUAGAAAAUGAGCUUGCCAAGGGCAUCUUGAGAGGAGAGUUCCAAGAAGAAGGCACCAUUUUGGUCGACACAGAGGUCACAGCGUAUGGCAACGGCCAGCUCCCCCAGCAAAAGCUAGUCUUCAAGACGCUUGAGACUGGUUCAGAAUCUCCUGCAGCUGAGAACAAGGGAGCUUUGUCAGGCGCUGUCUGAGGCUUUCUAUUCUGCACGCCAGUAUAGUUUUUCAACUAGUUUAAAAUUAUGUUCUUUCUCCUGUAUAUGACAUUUCCUUUCUCCUGUACAAGCUUCAAACUAUGUUAUAACGGUAUAACCUUUAGUUGAUAUAAAUUAAAUAUACCACUCUCACCAACUUCAAGUCCUAUAUGAGAGUAUGAGAU